AAUCCUAACCCCUCCCGGACAACCUCACUAUUGCGAUCACACUAAUCCAGUACGGAAUCUAAUCCAUUUUGGCAACAACAGCAGAAGAAAAACGCAAUUCUCUCACCAUAUGCCCGCCUCCGAUUGCAUAAACUGGCACAGCCAGGCGCCCUCAGCGGUAUGCAAAAUAGACGCAACGGAAGAAAUGCAACAACAACAGCAAAAAACAACCUCCCAACAAACAACAAAAGACAAUCAACCGAGUUGGGUACAGCAAAACAACAACACUCAACACUUGUCACCAUCACUCAUGGCAACCCGCCCGCCCCCUCCGCUCGUCCCAACCAUCUCAACACGUUCAACACAACCCAUCGGGAGGAUCGAUCCCGGGCUGGAGGAACGAAAACGAAAGUGUCCGCAGCAACACUGUUCGCUGCAUCCGCUUUCAUACGGUGCCAUGAUCGGAAGAUCGCAUGUUUGUGUGUGUGUGUGUGUGUGUGUGUGUGUUGCUUGGUGACGUUUUUCGGGUGGCGGUUUUACGUAGAUUAAAUCCGCUGGCGCGCCAGUUGUACGACAUGGGUGUAGGACAAACAAAACUAGCAAAAUGUACUACCCUGAACUCCUUUCUGAGCCCCCCGCUUGAGCGGCUUGUAACUGGUAAAUCAAGCGAGAGAAAAAUUGCCUUCCACCUCCUCUGCCAGCGUGAGGCCGAAAGAUCCAGCCCGAAACCGACCGGAUGAGACCGACGAGUGUUGCUGCUGCUGCUGCAGCGAAAGAGAGUCAACUGGAGCAGAGCGAGUUUUCCCACCCCGGGUCGGUCGGGCCGGCGCCGGCGAAGAAGGGGACACACGAAACGAAACUUCUCCGGGCGCACGCGGAGAAAAUCUAUAAAACUCGCCCGGUUUCGGCGAAAUGCAGCACACUUUUCCCGUUGGCCUUGCGAGGCGAAAGUGAAACGAUCCGUAGUGUAGUGUGGUUUGUGGCGCGUACGCGAUCGAACGUCCCGUCGUGCCCGUCGUGCAAAAGAAAAGUGUACAAGUCAUCCCCAGAGAGUGGAGAGUGUCUGAAGAGUCAUUGAAGGGCAGUGAAACGUGGUGCGCUUUUUGCAAAUUGCCGUGGAGAAAGGAUAUUAUGCAAUAAACAAGAAUGGCCUGUGAGAGUGUUUGCUGUGCGAUGUUGCUAUUGCUGGUGCUUGCGAUCGUGUCCCCGGAGGUGCAGAGUGUAGGACGUCCCCCGUUUCUGGGUCGCCGAGAGCCACCGCGUACGCUGCAGAUGAUCGGUUCGGUCAACCCGCGGAUGCUGCACAAGAUCAGUGCCGAUCUGCAGCCCGACACCUCCAAAGUCGUCCACAUCCAGGUGCCGUACUACGUGGAUCGGCCCAAGCAGCGGCCGAAAAAGUUCCAGCCCUGGGUGCUACCACCCCGCAACCAGCGGUUUGCGUCCUCCGGCGGUGGACCACCUCAUCACCAUUUCGCUCCGGUGCAGCAGCAACUUCACCAUCCAGGGCCAGUACCUCCUUUUGGAGGUCCGUUCCGGGAAUCGCCGUUCAAGGCGAAACCGAUCCUGCCGAACGAGUUUCUCGCUAACCCGGGCCCGUACGAUACACCCUUCGUGCCGGUCAUGAAACCUAGCCCCGUUAAUCCACUGCCGGUCGAGCCGGCCCCGCCGGAGAUUGCGUUCGAGCCGAUCAGCAUACUGCCGCUGGAGUCGCCCUCCUUCGACACGGUGCGCAACCACGUGCGCUAUCUGAAGCAGAAGCAGGCGGCGUUCUUCGAGGGGCAGGGUCGUGAGUUUGGGCUGGCGGGAGGUGGUUCGGUGGCACCGGAGGAGUUGGCGUACUACGGCGAGCAUGGCGGUGGGUCGUCGGUGCACAAUGGUGAUCCGGAUCGGGACAGCGAGCGGAACACACUGUCCGAGCAUGACUUUGGGCAGAACGAUCGGAAGUACGAUCGGCGGGGGAAGGCGCACGAAGUGAAAGAGGAAGAGGAGGACGGUGAGGAGGACUUUUACGACUCGGAGGGCAAGCAGUACCGGGACGAUGAUUUUGAAGAUUCGCGGGACGAGGCGGACCGAGUGGCAGCCUUUGAGCCGAAGAAGGUGUACACGCAGGUGCGACAUCGGGAGGUCGUACGACAUGUGCCACGGUCGAAAGAACCUGAAAAGGAGGAUGAAGAGGAGGAUCAGGAUGAGGAUCAAGAAGAUCAAGAUGAGCAUGAAGAUCCCAAGCAAUCAGAUGAUGAAGAUGAUGAGGAAGAGGAGGAUGAAGAUCACCAGGAACGUCACAUCGAACGACGUCCAAUCCGGGAGCGCAUUAACCUCCAGCGCAAGAACAUCGUGUACUCCGAGAAAGGGCGCCAGGCGCACAAGUUCGAUCAUGGUUCCGAGGAGUCGUUCGGUGAAUUUGAAGAGAACGAGAAGGCAAAGCCAAAGCGUCGCAACCGUAUAAAAAGAUCUCUGGACGAUCGGGAGGAGCCUGAGAUGCUCCCAGUGCAACAAGAAUCCAAUAGGACCUCACUGGUGGACGUGCUAGCGAUGAUGAUCCUCGGCAACGACACACUCCCACCGCACGCCGAAGCACUAACCGAUCCGCGCGAACUGCACGGCGAAGAAUUGAUCCGCUUUCUGGACGAAGCGAUCCAAAACACGACCCAGUACCUGCCCGACAAGCGGUCGGACGAGCGGACGGGCGUCAUCAGCAUCGUAUCGCCGCCGAGCAAUGUGGUCAAGUUCCCGUACUACACCCGCCCGGCAAGCGAGAUCGAUGUGGAUUCUGCAUUGAGGUACGCAGAAAACCUCACCAGCUUUAGCAACGGGCUUUAUGGAACUAAAACAACCGAAGGGAUUGAGUGUAACGAGGUGGAUGUGGAGCUGGAGGAAGAACCGGAACCGAUCGAAGAAGGCGCGGAAGGUUUCAAACCGAUCCGACGACUGAAGGGACUGGGCGAUAAGAUCGAUUGCCUGAAGCGGAAACACUUUGGCAGCGAGCCGCUCGAUAAUCCACUGUUUCGGGAGGAGUUUGUCGGCGUGCCGAGGAAGAUGUACGUCCCUAAAGGCACUACGCCGGCCGUACCUCAGCAGCAGCAAACGCAACCGAACCCAGCCGUCGCCGUCUACAACGAUGUCAUCCGGCACAUCAAGAAGCAUCUGGCGAGCCAGCAGCGGCGCAAAAACUCCAAAUCCGACACGGAGCAGGACACGCUAAUGAUAGCGGUGCCGCGUGUCCUCCGACUCGACCGCAACGAUGCCCAACCGGCAUCGUCCGGGGUGCAUCUGAAGCGUGAGGCACGGCUGGUGUUCCCGCAAGCGAACCCACUGCCCCUCUCGAACCACAUCAGCGUGCCGAUCUUUGACAUUAGCAAGUUUGUGCCACGGUUUAUGAUGCGCCCGAACGAGGAUCUGUACAGUGAGGAUUUGCUGCCCGCGGUUACUGUGCCAACAACGACACCGGUGCCACGGCUGAGCAGUCCCAAGGUGAGGCUGCAAACGCUGGUCCGCACGGCGGAACAGCUAGCCGAAGGUGCGGUUGAGGUGGAGGAAGGCGUGGAGAAGAUCCUGCUGACGACACAGCACACCCCGACCGGUACGGUGCGGGACGACAUUGCCGAUGCGUUUGACGACGUGCUGACAAAGCCGAACCAACCGCCGGCCCCACUGCCCCCGAUCAAGCCGUACAGUGUGGUGGAGCAGGACGCCAGUGGACCACCGGAGCCGACGUUCAACAAAUCCGGCCCACCGUAUGCAGCCCUCGCCCUGGAACCGCCGGUCGCGCAAAGCAUCCUGAAGCAGCGCAUUGCGCCACUCGAGCGCAACCGGCUCGACGUGGGCAAGGCGAAACGUUCGCCGGUGAAGAUGCGCAAACCGCGGAGGCCUACGGUGACACGCAAGAAGGUGCUCGUGUUUUACACCUGAAGUGGGUAGGGGGUAGAGAAUUGUUUGUUGUUUUUUAGUAAUUAUUGUAGUGUUAUUUAUUUGCUAUUAACGUACCUUUAGUUACGCGCAGCCAGUCACAGGAGAUCAGUUUCAGUUCCUUUAAAAAUGGCUUCGCUUUGCGGUGGCAGAUAGAUGGCGCUGCUGCCUGGGAUGGGCUGUGGUCAAAGUGUUACAAUUGACAGCCACUUUCUUCGGCAGCACGGAAAGUGACAGUCGGUCUCGUUGCAAUCGAAGUAGGUGGUAGUAAAAGUGAGCAUUGAAGGAUGGCAGCCUGCGGGGCCCAAACCCAUCGAGCGUCGGGGCGUCAUAAGAUGCAAAAGAACUCUCAGCUCUCAAGUUAACGUUAAAGAGAGCAGCACAAACAAACAAAAAAUGCGGGUUAUUAAGGAGGAGACACACACAGAAAAAAAGACCAAGCGCAGCACCGGAAGUGGGAAAAGCUGGAGAAGACAAAGACGAAGGUGCCGGUAGAGAGUUGUAAUUUUCGUUUUAAUUGCAAACGCGUGAAUGUAGGCACACACACACAAAAAAAUCAAUUGAAUUUUGGUUUGAAGAAAAAAGAAACACUAAUGCUCACAGCGAGAGAGAAAGAGCAAAAAAAACGAAGUUAAAGUGAGAAAAAACACGAAUACACGCGCGGCACACAUCGCUUCACUAAUUAAAGAGAGGCAAGAUUUCACCCGCGCCCGCUAUAAUCCUCGGCCGACCGUUUGCCCCGUUGUCGAUUAAUUGAAAGUGAACAUACACACGUGUGCGGGAGUAUUAAUAGCAUCCACCUACAUUUCCGAAUGCACUUUCCUGGGGCGUAAUCGCCGCUGUGAGCUGUGAAAGACAGGGUAGUAAACAAACCGAUCGACGCAAAGCUGACGGAAGCUGACGGAGGAAGCUCGUGCACCACAGGUGUUCCAGAAGAUGGAUGAGAAAGUGCAUCGACACGAACGGCGAACGUCUCGGGGCCCACGAAUUCCCACACAGAAAAGGGACAGAUUUAACGGUCAAUUGUGUGGAUUGCGCAACUGCGGUAGGCGUUUCGACGUGCAAGUGUCGCGUUAAUUGGGAAGUUUGUCUUGCCCGCUUGGACAACUAAUUGACUGCUUACGGUGAUGAUGGGAGCGAGUUAGCUAAAAUUACAGAGAAAGGGCCAAUGGCAUGGGAAGAAAACAGUAAAGUUAGGUCCGUACGCGUAUGACCAACAACACCAACCGACUGCUUCAAAGGACAGUGCAUUGUAAAUGCUUCGCUAAUUUUAAUAAACAAAGCCAACAUCUCUCGUUUGGUGUUUAAUGUGAAGAAA